AUGUCGCAAGAUACAGGAUUGUUCAGUAUUAAACGUCCCCGGGAGGUAUGCAUUAUCUCACAACUGUCGCAAAAGAAUUUAGUCGCUGACAACAGGGCGAAGACUCUCGGAAGUGUACAGAACUACUCGUCUAUUCCUCAACCGGCAUCAGCCAUGAAGCGUACGAGCUCUAUCGGGUUCAACAACCCUCCUUUCACGUCGGGCCAUACUCGUUCAAAUUCCCUAUUGAACUCGGCAAGUCGACCGCAGCAACCAAAUUUUAUGCGCGCCUCUUCCGGUGGUCCGUAUGGCGCUGAAGCUGGUCUUUCCUCGGUUCGUCGAUCUGUGUCGAGUAAUAUGUUUCACGGUGCCAGUGCCGGUCGGCAGAGCUUCGCGCCAGGGUCCUUGCCGACAAAUUCCACAUCACAGAAUAUGCAGCGCAGGAGCAGCGUGUUCUCGCGCCCCUCGAUGGCCGGACCUAUGUCACACCAGUCAUUUUUCACCCAAGUCCCCUCGGCCGCUGGAGUGCCCAGGGACCCGCGACCACUCAGAGACCGAUCCUUCCAAGCGCGCAUUAGUCAGGAACUAUUGGAGUAUCUGACCAACAAUAAGUUUGAGUUGGAAAUGAAGCACUCUUUGGGCCAGAACACUCUUCGCUCGCCAACUCAGAAGGAUUUCAACUACAUUUUCCAGUGGCUCUACCAUCGCAUUGAUCCAGGUUACAGAUUUCAGAAGGCCAUGGAUGCGGAAGUCCCUCCGAUCCUCAAACAGCUGCGCUAUCCCUACGAAAAAGGGAUUACUAAAUCCCAGAUUGCGGCCGUGGGUGGUCAAAACUGGUCCACUUUCCUCGGUAUGCUGCAUUGGUUGAUGCAGUUGGCUCAGAUGAUGGACCGUUACCACGAGGGCGAAUAUGACGAGGCGUGCGCUGAAGCAGGUGUCGAUAUUAUUGGCGAUCGUAUUAUAUUUCGCUUCCUUACUGGGGCAUAUCACGACUGGCUGCAGGGGGGUGAGGAUGAAGAUGACGAAACUGCAGAGCAGCGAUUGGUGCCGCACAUCGAAAACAUGUCGCAGGAGUUUGCUCGCGGUAAUGAGCGAUAUGUACAGGAGAUGGAAGCAUUGGAGGCGGAAAACCAGGCUCUUCGUGAGCAGAUCGAUGAGCUAGAGAAGAAUGCGCCAGAUCUGGCUAAGCUCGAUAAGCACUUCCGGAUUUUGGAGGACGACAAACGAAAAUUCGAGGACUACAACCAGAACGUGCAAGGAAAGAUUGACAAGUACGAAACUCGAAACAACUUUCUUGAUGGCGAGAUCCAAAAAACCGAUGCGGAACUUCAGACCGCUGAAGCAGAGCGUGCCGAGCUCCAAGCCAGCGUCGACCGCCAGGGAAUUACCAUCCAAGAUAUUGAUCGCAUGAAUACGGAACGGGAGCGUCUUCAGAAAAGCCUAGAAGACACCAUGGCACGCUUGGAGGAAACCCAUGCCCGCGUCAUGGCGAAAGAGGCCGAGGCUAGUCAAAAACUCGAGGAUCUGGAGCAGAUUGUGAAGACAUACAACACUCUGGGAUACCAAAACAGCCUGAUUCCCGAAUCCGCCGAGAAUGCCAAGGGCCAAGACUAUGAGCUCAGUCUCAACGUCAAUGAGAACAACUUCUCAGCAAGCCAGAUCAGCGGUGCUCCUAAUCGAAUUUCCUCGGAGGGUGACCGUCUGUUGGCGGAGCCUUUUACCGGCUACCAUCCCGCGCACCUCUUGAAUCUAGACCUUCGAGGCUCUAUUCGGAAUAGCCUACAAUCUCUCCGAAAGGAGAUCAACGAACGAAGGAAGCGUGGCGUUGACGAGGAUCUGGAGCGCCGUAAUCUACUCGACAACAUUAAGGAGGCGAUGGAUGAAAAGCGAAGUGAGGUCGAGGCCCUCGACCACCGACGACGGGCAGCCGAGGAGGAGUGGGAACGCACGAAGGAAAUCACCACCACUCAGAAGCUGGCAUCAGACGCCCAAAUUGAGAAGAUGGAAAAGGAACUUGCCAAGAUGCGGGCGACGCUCAGCGACAGUGUACAAUUGAUGGAGCAGCGCGAGAUGAACACCAACAUUGAGUAUGAGCAACUGACUCUCCGGGCGAAUGCGCUCCGGGAGGAGCUACACACCAAUGUGGAGACGAUGCUUAACGAUGUCAUCCGAUUCAAGGUGCACGUUCAGAAGGGUUUGGAGGACUACGAGAGCUUUGUGGUUGACGAAGUGGAGCAGGAGCUGGGAGGUGAGAUCCCAGCCGAUGAGGAGGAGCUAUGA